AUGCUAACCUUUGAAUGCGGGAUUGCAGUGAAGGUACUCUACACAUUUGACGAUGAGAGUAAAACGAAUUGCCUUGCCCGGUGGCCUCACUUGCUCGAUAUCCAGACUGCAUCCCUGGACGAGCAAACUCAGAUUGGUGUCAUCGAGCUGAAAACGUGCAUUCAAGCCAUUGUGUCUGCAAGUCCCGAAUUGGUGGCCAAGCUGGGACAAGACUACACAGUAUAUGCAUAUGACUAUUCAGAAUAUGAGACGCCGCUAGUCGGUCAGGGGAUGCUCUCAUGGGUGCUUGCUUCGGCCUCUCCGACUCCCAACGCACCAGCACAUCAAUCGAAGACUAUGGUCACGGGUCGUGUGUGCAAAAAUGUGCUCGGUCUCUUUUCAAAAGGUGCACAAGAAACAUUGGAGGUCAAACUGCGAUUGGUACCAGUACCUACUGUUAUGCAGAGCGAAUACCUCGAAAGCAUGCAGAAAUAUCGGGAGUUGAGCAACAUCAUUCCUCAUGAGUUUGACGCACAAUCAUGGACAAUCUUCCUUCGUCAGAACCCCGGGCUGCUGGGUUUAUACAACACACAACCCCUUGACCGCACAACAUCACCCAUGGAUCACACUGGAAUCGAACGGUUUCACCGGUUACUCAGCGAAGGGUCCACCCCGAGGGAAUUGUCUUCGAUUGCUCCAAACGGAAAUUUUCGAUCUAUAUCACCCGCGCAGUCCGCGCUUGCCGCUCCGAGCAGGGUGUCCACACCUGGUCAACUCCAACCACAUCAUGAGCAAUUUCAAAUACAGCAGGCACCUCAGCAGCUGCUACAGCAAGAAAGGUCUCACGGGGAAAUCCGCCCUUCCUCUAGUGCUUCCAUGCGCGAUUCUGAGCUGCCUUCGCAUGCUCACUAUGCCAGCCGCCGGGGUUCGGUACAGUCAGGUUAUGGAAGCUGUGAUGAAUCUGCCGACCAACAGCCACGAAAGCGGGCCAAGCUGUAUCGAGCGGAUUGGCCAGGUAGAUCUGACUUCAACAUUGAAAGACAGCCAAGCUCCUUGCGCGUCGCAGCCAGUACAGCUGCCUCUGUUCGGAUUCACCGUCCUACCCCUGUCAAUCCCGCUGUCGCUGCUGCCCAGAAUUCGAACGAGGAGCCUGUCCGGCCGCCAACGCCUAUCUCUGGAUCGCACGACCUUCCACGCAGAGGGAGAGCGGCCCCCAGCCUUCUACGCGAAUCGUCUGUUCAGAGCAAUAACUAUACUUCACCGUACCCCAUGAGUGAUGAUCCAGGUGAUCACAACUCCCACUCGCCAGAGGAGCCGCGCUACCAGGGUCUGUUCGAACCAUCAAUCAGUAUGCCUUCCUCGCCUCCAGUCUUGGAUUGCGGGUUUCCCAAUCCAUCUAGUCCCGUCCUUCCACCUAUGGUAACCGAUCCCGACUCGGGUUUCAUGAGCGGUGGCUUGGAUGAUCUCUUGGAUGAUGAUAUGGGUACUCCUUUAGAGGAUUGUGCAAAGUCGAUCUCAAAUGACGCACCAAAGCGCAGACGCGCAACGGAUGCUGCAGCCCAGGCCAGCUCUCCUAUCAAUCCUCCCACCGUACCAGAGAAUCAGAUCGAAAACAUGUUGGCCAGAGAUAGUUUGCCAGAGCAAACUCCGAAGGGAGCAGUCGCUGCUCCUGCUCCUGCCCCAACUCGCGGUCCUGCCAGUGCGGCCGGCUCGAGGCCACCAUCGCGGGCGAGUUUCAGACAGGCCCCCAAGCCUUUGGCUCCUGCCCCCAUCUCACAAAGUGAAUUGGAGCAACUCAUGAAUGCGAUUCCCGCAAGUGAUCCGGUCAUUCCGUCUCAUGUUCCUGCUCAAUAUGCCCAUUCCUGGACAGGCCCCAUGAGCGACCUCCCCAGCGCUGAGACGCCUACGCCGAAGCCUGUGACUGAGGAUGGCAAAGUCCGGAGUGGGGCGGGGGCAAGAAGGCUUAGGCAGGUCCAGGCACGCCUGGAUAAGUGUAUCCGAGACGGUCAGGUCCCUCCUUACUGCGACAACUGCGGGGCCAUUGAAACUCCCACUUGGCGCAGGGCCUGGUCAAAGGAGUUUGUUGGAGGGGAGUCUGAUGCCAAUGAGCUCAUGAAGGAUUCGACCAUGCUAUUCUGGCAGGUUUUGGAAAGGAACGACAAGGAUGAGGUUACAAAGUUCAAAGGGUUCAAGAAAUCCUUGGUUGACGCCGACAAUGACUUCGUCCAGAUACUUCUCUGUAACCCCUGUGGUCUUUGGCUGCACAAAUUCAAGUGUAUGCGCCCUGAGAACAGAUGGAACAAGCCUGCCAGCGGUAAGAAAAAGCGGAUGCCCCGGAAUCGUAAGGGAGGAGGCCCGCUCUCGGACAAUGGCACCUUGGCGAAAAUACACCCCAAACCCCAGUCCUCAAGGCCGGCUGGGUCCUCUCCCGGCGCAUCUGAUGCCUCGUCACCUGCGGAAGAGGAAACCCCGCGUGCAGAUAAUGGCAACGAGAAUGGAAACGAUCGAGACAAUGACGAUGGCGUUCAAGAAGUGCCCUCCAAGCGGCAUCGUGCCAAUAGCGCUGAGCCACGACGGUCGUCGGACACCGCAGAGAAGCGUUGGCAGGAGCAAGAUGCAACGGAGGCGCUGCGGCGGGCUAUCCAGUCCAGCCCAGCCCGAAACCUUGAGAAACGCCCCGGUCCAUCGGUUGAUGAGAACAGCCUUACACCUAAGCCAGUGAGAAGAGCGCUCUUUCAUACUGCUCAGAACGAAGGUUGUCCUCUCAAGCCCUUGGGCGGUUCCGCCCUGAACAGUCCACGCCGUAGCCCUCGCGUUAACUGUCGCGAUCCAGGUCAAAAAUCCCAAGACAAGGAAAACGCUGCCAUUGACAAAGACCUAGAAGGGUUAUUCGAGAGUCCGCCCUUUGAAUAUGAUCUGCCCGCCAGUCCUACCCCCAGAAGACGAAACCAGCGUAGCAACCUGCUGGGAGAGAAGCGCAAUUCGUUGCCGUGUAUCUCGCCUUUGUCCAGAGCGCGCCUUGAGGGAAGCUCAGACAUGACGCCCACCAAGCUCAGCGCGCAGAAACUCCACCGGGUACAGGGCAGUACAACUGUGACGCCCCGUCAAAAUAAAACGCCCAAGUCUUUGCGAUCUUUAGGACCCGGUCUGCCUUCUAUGCCCGACGGUGAAUUUAAUGUGGAGGCCUUGGGCAAUAUUGACAGUAUGCUUGUUGAUAUCUUUGAGGACGUACCGUCUUCCGCACAGUGUGACUCCUUAUUUUCUUUUGGGCAACCCAAGGACUCGACAAGCGGCAACUGGUCUGGUUGGAUUGAAUCCGAUUACAUUUCAUUGAACGGAUCCGACGACCAGGAGGCAAACGGCGAGCAACGGAUGGGUAGGCGCAGCGGCGCAAGUGAGGACGAAGAUCUCAUCCACGCCAUUCUAUCCGACCCGGACAUCCAAAAGAAUGCACAUUUCGAUCCAUUCCAAUUUGCUGGUGCAGACGCCUUGGACACUGGCUUUUUUGGCUCAGAUUCAGUUACCGCUGAUGUCACCGCUCUCGGCUCCAGUAGCAAAACCGCGGAGGAGUCCGUGAGCAAGGAGUUGGCUUGA